AUGUACGAAUCUGAUUUAUUGCUGCUCAUUUUUUUAAUCUUGCUUUUCGCUUAUCUCAAAAGCUCAUUCCAAAGUUUUAUCAAAUAUCAUCAACUUUUCCGGAAGAUCAAAGGCCCGAAAACCUUGCCACUUGGACUUAUUGCCUACAUUUUUACAGCGAAUUCUGAAGCAGAUCGAUUCCAAAUACUUCAGAACUUAUCUAAAAAAUAUCCAAACUUUUACUCACUUUGGUUUGGCUCGAAAUAUCUCUUCGUAACUGACGACCCAAACAUCGCACAGAAACUUUUAACUUACCCACAAUGUGUCGAGAAAAAUUUCUUCAUGGAGUUGUUCGGCUUUCCCAACGGCUUAAUCUCAUUAAAAUCUGACAGAUGGAAAAGUGAAAGAAAAUUACUAAACUCGUCGUUCAGUUUACCAGUUCUGCAAAGUUACAUUCCAAUCUUCGACAAAAGUAUUCGCUUGGGCGUUAAGGAACUUCAACAAAAGUGUGAUAAAGGAGAGUUUGAUAUUAAGCACGACGUAACAUUUGUCGUUAUGAACGCCGUUUUAAACACAACAUUCGGCAGAGAGAUCUCGAAGGAUGUAAUAGAAAGCAUCAUAAAAAGCACAGAGAAACUAUUGGACAUUGUGUGGAGUAGAAGCAUGAAUCCACUUCUUUAUUACGAUUCCAUCUACUCUUUGACAAGCAUGAAGAAACAAGAGGACAGUCACAGGCGAUUGAUUUUUAAAUUUAUUGACGAGGAAUGGAAUGAACUACAAAAUGGUUCGAAAUCAAUAUUGGAAAGUUCUUUUAUUCAUCAGUUGAUUAAGGUUUCAAAUGAUGGAAGAAUGUAUACGAAGGAAGAAGUCAACGAUCAUGUUGGCACAAUGUUAGUUGCUGCUGGAGAUACAACAAGUACCGCCUUGAACUUCCUUUUUCUUAUGCUUGCCAUGCACGAAAAUAUUCAACAUCGCAUUGUGAAGGAAAUCAACGAGGUAUUCGGCGAACUCGAAGAUCUUAUCGUCGACUAUGAAAAGCUAUCAGAGUUAAAGUAUGUUGAAAUGGUAAUAAAGGAAACUUUAAGGCUAUUUAGCCCCGCAACAGGAAUUUUUCGCGAAGUGAAAGCUGAAGUUGAUUUGGGGAAAAUUGAUUCAGAAAUAGAAAAUCUCCGACUGCCGCAGGGCACUAACUUGAUUAUAAAUGUUUUUGGCUUGCAUCGAAAGAAGGAAAUUUGGGGUGAAAAUGCCGAGGCCUUUAAUCCGGAGAAUUUCCUCGCAGAAAAAAUGAGUGAACGUCAUAAUUACUGUUUUUUGCCAUUUGCCAACGGAUCACGCCUUUGUAUAGGAAAUCGUUAUGCUAUGAUAUUUAUGAAACUAAUUGUCGCCCAUUAUGUAAAGAACUUCCAUUUCUCAACGUCUCUCAAGUAUGAAGAUGUGAAAGUGAAGGCUGGAAUUACUCUUGGCUUAAUUGGUGACUUUUCAGUAGCAGUAACGAAAAGACGGUAGAUAGCAAAGAAUCAAUUAUUUUUCUCAAACACAUCGUAAAAUUAAUGACACUUCUUAUUGAAAUAAGGAAAUAUAAAUUCAGAAUUUAGAUAAGUAAAGAGGAAAUAAAAUAUAAACAAAACAUACCUAAGUGUAUAAAA